UGUUCUGCCUACUUCCUUGUCUCUUUUUCCAUUUGCUUUCUUCGUUUAAUAGAUGUCAGUGUUUUAUAAAGUUGGCAAUCUGGGUGGGAGGCCUUGUGGUGGUGCACGUACUUAUUUAGUAAGCUAGCUAGACUACUGAUAGUAGUCAGAUACACUAUCUGGCUAGCCAGUCUGGCUAAUGGUGUUUGUUCCUUAAAACAGCCGGUUCGCUGUAAGGUAAACAUGAUUUGGUUGCAGAUUAUGUCCGUGAUGUUUUGCAUUCUUGUUAAAACUGCGUUUCCAGCUGAGACAAGUGCAAGGGCAGGCGGAGGAAAAUUAAACAUGGUAACUUUAGAUUACACAAAAGACCAGGAUUCGUCUUCAUUCAACUUUAUUGGAAACAAAGAGAAAAUAAUUAAUUUCAGAUCUCGCAGAAAUUUCUAUCAAAAUGCCGUGGAGGGGUUUGAGCCCGGUGACGGCGCGCCAGCCUUCCAAGUUAGAACACUGGACGGGGAAUUUGUGUAUCCACCACCCUCAGGACUAAAUUUUUCAUUGAUAGUGCACGCGUUUACGAACAAGUCAGCCUUCUUGGAAUGUUUAUGGACCUCCCAAUCCUCACUGACAGACUUCAUCCAGUACCUCCCUGAAAGCGCUCAUGUUCUUUUCCUAUCUUUUGACGAUACGGCUGCGCGUGAUGCACUGUGGAUGAGAGAGCAAAUCCAACGCAUGGCCACGUACAGGGGGAAAGACAUCCUGUCCAGAGUGCACUUUUCACCUGUCCCUGUCUAUGCACUGGGCAACUGGAUACCCACAGUGCUUUACUCUUGGGGCUGCAGUGGACACAACUGUGGCCUGGCACAGGUUCUUUUCACAUCUACAGAAUGGGAGAUGCCUGUUGUUGCCAAGCGACUGGAUGCGAGAUACGAUUGGCUGAUGGGGCACUGGGAUCAGAGGUCAUACAGUCUGGUUUAUGCAGGCGAUGGAUGUGAACCCACCGCCACUGUUGCUGCUGCAGUGGCAUGGGUGUCUGAAGGCAACUGCUCAUAUUUCGUAAAGGUGAAGAACAUGGCUGACUCAAAGGCAGCCGGGGUCCUGGUGUACGCUCCCCUCGGAAGCCCGAUCCAGGACAUGAACUGCAAAGGAGAGGAGUGUUACACACUUCUCAGCAUCCCCGCCUCCAUGGUGCACGUGGAGCCCGCUGUAGCCCAUGCUCUGCUGGCUAUGAAGCCAGUGAAUGUGUCCUUCCAGUACACCCCAGCUCCCAGCUUCUUCUUUGGGAUUGACCAGCAGGGGGCACUGGCUGAGAUGGGGUGGUUCCUCUACCCUACCUUCAGGUUCAUCAGCUGGCAGGCCCAGUGGUUUGAUUUUUCAGAGGAGCUGCAGGCACAACUGCGCAGCCCUGCGCAGGUGGUCACGGUGUUUGAUAAAGUGGUGAUGCAGGGGGACAGCGGAGCCGUUGCUACUGUGAACCUGCGUACAGACGUGACGAGUUUUGACGUGCUGGAGCUGGACGCAUCCUUGUCCUGUCCGGGCCGGAGGGAUGAGACGUGUGCCCCCUGGGACCACACCGUGCAGCUGUUCGUGUGCUGCGAUCAUUUCAGUCCCCUCUGCAACAUGGAGCUCGGCCGCUGGAUAACUGCAUUCCGCAGGGGCACUGGGCACUGGCUGACUGAUGUCUCCUCUCUUAUGCCCUUGCUGAACAAUGGAAAAUGCACCUUCACCAUGAAGACAGUGCCUUGGGCGAAGCCAUGGGUGACAUCCUUAAAUCUGAGAUUCAGCAGCAGCAAUCACUCACGUCAACAUUCUGACAAGCUAUACCCAUUCAAGCUGAUGUCACUGUACAAUGGUGGAACUUUUGACAAGAACUAUAACAAGCAUUACCAGCCAAUAAAGUUCACAGUCCCAGCCUCUACUAAAAAAGUGGAGGUGUAUGCAGUGAUCACUGGACACGGAAGUGAUGAAAAUGGUUGUGGGGAGUUCUGCGUGACGUCACAUCACUUCCUGAUCAAUGGUGUUUUUAAUAACUCCCGCAUCUUUGACACUGCAGGUACAGCCCUGGGGUGUGCAGCGCGGGUUUGGGAGGGGGCAGUUCCAAAUGAGCAUGGCACCUGGCUGUAUGGGCGUGGUGGGUGGUGUGAUGGGUUGCAGGUGAACCCUUGGAGGAUUGAUAUAACUAGCCAGCUGGACAUGAGCGGAUCCAAUUCCAUUCUGUACUUCGGUUUGUAUGAUGGGCAGGACCCCAAUCCCACAAGUAACCCUGGAUAUAUUGUGAUGUACUCCUAUCUUGUGUUCUACAAGUGAUGCGCUAGGGGAAAAGAAAAAAAAAGACAUUCCUCCUCUUUCUUUGAAUGAUUUUUAUUAACUAUGAUGAAUCAAAACUGUGUUUAAAAGUUCUGUUCUUUCAAGUUGUUUCAAAGUCCUAGACUUCAUUAGUCUCCUUUGGAAGACAGUGGGAUGGGAAACAAAAUCAUUACUAAUGACCAAAGAGAUGGGUGUUUUACCCAAAUUGAAUUUAUGAAUUAUAUUUUUGCACUUAAAAAAGAGAACUGAUACGACUUUUGUAUUUUUGUGGUUAUAAUUUAUUUACCUUCAGCAA